AUGGCGGCGACAACAGGCUCGCCGAAGCGCGGUCUCGAUGACUCGCUUCCCGCCCUCGAAACCGCCCUCGCACCCCCCCGCAAGAAGCUCAAGCCCUCCGACCUCCCCCUAACCCAAGCCCAACGCACCACAAUCGACAGCCUCCUCUACACCUUCAAGAAGAAAGGCGGCUUCGACGAGCUGCGCAAGAAGAUCUACAAACAAUUCGACGACGGUGACGCCAAGACCUCCCUCGUGACAUCGCUUCAGGAACUCACCGACCGCGAGAUCGACCGCAACCCUACGCUGCUGUCCAAGGACCGACGGAUCGCUGCACCGCUAGUUGAGGGUGCUGCGGAACGGAGCGAUGUGUAUCGCACGGCGCAGGCGCAUGUGCUGGAGUAUGUUCUCGCUAUGCGGGAGAUUGCGGAGGAUAAGAUGAGGGAUAUUCGGCGUGGGGAGAUUGGGGUUGAUGCGGCGGUGGAUGAGCAGCAACGCGGUGGGAAGACGGAGGAGGAAUACGCGCGUGAGGCUGCGGAGCGGCGGGAAGAGCGGCACAGGAUCAGGGAGGAGGCGAAGGAGAAGGAGAGGGCUAUAGAGCGGGAGAAGCGGAAGGCGGCCGCGGAAGAGAGGUUGCGGAAGGUGCGUGAAGAGGAGGCGAUGGAGAAGGAGAGGCUGGAGAGGGAAGAAAGGAGAAGGCUUGAGCGGGAGGCGGAGAAAGAAGAGGAGAGAAAGCGGAGGGAGGCUAUCGAGCGGGAGCGCGAGGAACGGUACGAGAGAAGAAGGCGCGAGGAAAAGGAGAGAGAAGAGGCAUAUGAGCGCGAACGAAGGGAACGGCGAGAACGAAGACGGUCGAGGACGCCUAGGCCGCGCUCGAAAACCCCAGAACGCGAGAGAAAACCGUCGCCGCGGAACGUCAAGAACCUUGAGGAAAUCGCACUGGAGCUACUCCUACAAGAAGGCAAGGAGCUGGUAGCAAAGUCAAACGCACGACCGCAGCUUGAGCGAUCAGAGUCUUUGGAUCCGCCGGCACGUAAGAGCAUGGCGCCAAAGUCCAUCGUGCCCCGCGAUCCUGUUGCUGCAAGGCUUGCAAAGUUAGACAAGCCUCCUGUCAAAUCCGAAGACGGAGAGAUCAAGGAACCGCCAGUAAAAGGCGGCGCAUCUACGGCCAACGAAGGAGUCAAGCGAGAAGAAUCCGCUUCAGUUGCUGGUGAGCGACCACGAAGCCACUAUGGCGAACGAGAACAAGGACGCCCCAGGUCAAGGAGCCGUGACCGAAACACAAGACAGUCUUCGCCACGGCCCAGCCGGUACGAAGAGGACCGGCGCUCCUCUCGGUAUGAAGAGGAAAAGUACAAGCCCCGCAACGAGGACCGUCGUCGCUCAUCCCGAUAUGGUAGCCGUAGCCCAGCAAGAGCAGUCGAACGCGACGACAGAGACCGGCGCCGCCCCUCGCGCAGCAGAUCUCCUCCCCGCCGCAACUUUAGAGAUCGGUCGCACUCGCCUCGUCGUCGCCGUACAUCUCGCUCGCGUAGCCCUAAGGAGAUCGACAGAUACGUCCCCGGUGGAGCAAAUAGGACUCGUGAUCGGGAUCGGGAUCGGGAUCGGGAUCGCGAACGUGAACGUGAACGUGAACGUGAGCGAGACAGAGAGGGGGACAGGGACAGGGACAGGGAUAGAGGCGGAGAUCGAGAUAGAGACAGGGACCGCGAACGCGACCGGGACAGAAACCGGGACUACCGCGGCACCAGACCAUCGUACGGUAGAGACGCAGAGGAGAGGCCUAGCUUUAGGGACAUCGAUCGAUACGUUCCUGGCGGCGGUAGUAGCAGGGCUCGAGAGGGAGGUGACAAGGAAAAGGAUAAGGAUAGGGAGCGGAAGCGUGAGCGGAGCACUAGUCGAGAUCGAAGGAGGAGCAGAAGUAGGGAGUCGAGGCGUUGA